AUGAUCAAAGCAGUGGUUUUGGACAUUGAAGGCACUGUCUGUCCCAUUUCGUUUGUGAAGGACGUAUUAUACCCGUAUGCGCUCAAAAAAGCCAUAUACGUCGUCAAGACCGUCGAGUUUCCUCCAGUUCCUUCUAAAGGCGAGCUGGAAGCCCACCUGGCUGAAUUUCCUGAGGUGUAUUGCAGGUCUCCCAACGCUCUUUUGGAGCACAUGUCAUAUUUGACGGCCCGUGACAUCAAAGCACCAUAUUUGAAAAGUCUUCAAGGCUAUUUGUGGCGAGAAGGGUACGACAGCGGUGAGAUUAAAGUGUCCUUGUUUCUUGACGCUGCUCACGCCAUCAGUCGAUGGUCGAAAUCUCUUGAACAAUAUGGCAGCCCUGCUGGCGUGUACAUCUACUCUUCGGGCAGUGUUUCGGCCCAAAAACUGCUCUUUGCCCACACAAGCCAAGGAGAUCUCAAUCACCACCUGAGUGGGUACUUUGACACACUCAAUGCCGGGCCCAAAACCGAAUCCGAGAGCUACCGGAAAAUAGCCGAGGCAAUUGGCUUGCCCGGCAGUGAAAUCACUUUUUUCAGCGACAACCCUAAAGAAAUUGAGGCUGCUGAGGCUUCAGGAUGGUCUACUUUCUACACAGUCCGAGAGGGGAAUGCCCCCACCCCAGCUUCAUUCAAGCCACUCGGCCAAGUGACUUCAGACUUUAGCGGCAUCGACUUUUAA